CAAAGUAGCCCUUUGAAUCAGUGCAAACUCAACCCAGAAUGGAGCCAUUUUCUGACCAAUUCAUGGAAUUCCACCCAAUCCAUGGCACCAAUGUCCAACUGGACAACUCAAAAACUAAAGCCACACGGGUGGAGAGCUUUGCUAACGGAGUGUGUUUCAGCCAUCACCCUCUCAAGCCUGGUGAGAUUUUCCUCAUAGAGAUUGAGGAGAAGGAGCUUGGCUGGUGUGGGCACCUCCGUGUUGGUCUGACAUCCAGGAACCCUAGGGAAUUAGAGGUGGUGCCUGAAUACUCCAUCCCGGACCUGACAGACAUAGGGGACAGCUGGGUUUUCGCCAUCACUCGCAACCACAACAAAGUCAUAGAAGGACCUGCCGCAGGUGGUCAGGAGGCUGAGGAGGGAGGACUGGAAGGUGGACACAGGCUUGGUCGAGCGGAGGAUGAAGGUGGAGCUCGAGAUGAAGGAGAUGCAAAUAGGGAAGUGAAGGGCCACAACAGCAAACCAAAGACUUUCUUCACUGACACUCACCUGUACAUUGACAGUAUUCGAAUCCCAAGAGACAAGCUUGUUGGUCGCAGCAGGCCUGGAUGUUUCAGCCACAUUCUGGACGACUUGUAUAAGACCAAUGCUCUUCCUCCAACAGCCAGACGUAGCAGGAUAGGUGUUCUGUACGUUCCAAAAGGAAAAGACCAGGCUGACAUGCACAUAAUCAUCAACGGAGAGGACAUGGGAGCUUCUGCAAAGGGAAUCCCCGCCAUUCGGCCUCUUUACGCUGUGGUGGACGUCUUUGCUGCAACUAAGUGUGUCCAAAUCGUCCAGGUGGAGUAUGGAUUCUCGUCCUUGCAGACAUUGUGUAGGAAGGCGAUCCAGAAGCACAUCGUCCACAGGAUGGCCAUUGACUGGUUGGAGCUUCCUGAAGCAUUGAAGCAAUACUGCAAAUAUGAAUGAAGGAUGCAGACCUGAAAUGGACAAGUAUGAUCUCAGACUCCGAGCUCAACCCCAGUAUUUAACAACAAGAAGAUACAUUAUUUCAUGAUGGAACUGAGUGUUUUAUUUAUUGAAUAAAUCUAGAGGAUGAAGGGUCUUCAAAUAUGCCUGCACUGAUAACACUGACACCAUUGUCUGAGGUGACAACUGCUGCUUAAAAUAAAUUCACAGUAUUUUCAGGGGGCGUGUGUGUGAUUCCACUUCCUCCUCACGAUGUAUGUGUUAGGAAUAACUGUGAAAUGAAUCAUCAUGACUUUGUUUCAAGAAUCUGUAAAGGUAAACAGUUACAGGGGCAUGUCCAUAGGGGUGGAGUAGGUGCCAUGGGCCCACCUCGUAAUCAUGAUUGGCCACCCCAAAAACUAUUAUCGUCUUUUUGCCUUGUCAAAGGCGGGAUUCAUGUAAAGAUCAACAACUUAGGCUGAGUUUGAACAGGCUGGUUGUAUUAUUCUUUGUAUUUGAAUGUGGCAUAUUUUUUUGUUGUUACUUAAUUGUAGAAAGAGUUCACACAUCGAUUCCUUAGU